AUGUCGAGAGUUGUUGUCGGCAUCUUGGAUUCCGUUGGCGCGCAAGACCCUACUACGGGGAAGCUCCUCUACAGUACCUGCAAUAGCCAGGAUAUCGCAAUCUUCCCAAUCGAAAAGCCUAAUAUCCUCGAUACAAGAGAAACCCCGCGGAAUGGCACUGCGCUUACAGCCGUAGGCUGGGGGGACUUGAACUUUAUCACUGCACAAGUCUUCUGGCAGACCGAAGACAACACGAUCGUGCAGGGGCUAUACAUCUGUAACAUGACGACGGGAAAGCUUGUGCGCGACCGCGAGUUCCAAAUCUCAGCGGCGGCUGGUGUCGACUCCAUCCACAACGAAACGGGCCUCUCAAUCGUCAACCUUGGCGAGAAAGAUGGAUAUCGUCUUUUCUACCAUGACGAAGACAGGAAAGUCAAGAUGCUUUGGUAUACUGAUGACGAUGGAUGGAAUGAUGGGGGCGCCAUCUCACAGGACACUGCUGGAGGCAUGGCGUUAGGGUCAACGAUAUAUGAUUUGAAGAACAUCACAGUGCCUUUCCCGAAGGACUCUGAGAAUGUCGAGCUGUCGCGCCUGGAUAAGUCUGGGCUCUGGACGCUAGACGCGUUCCCUAACACGUUCCUCGGACCCUACACUAACAACACACUGCCUUCGGAUAUGUUCUGGAGCCUGGAAGACGAGGCUAACUUCUCUCUUCCAGCCUGGAACUCAUCCCUCGAAGCCAUCGGCGCAGCAGUGGACCGAUCGCGAACACGAAGUGUCUUUUAUAUCGGCGACGAUAAGAAGAUACACGAAGUCAAAACGACGAAGAAUGGUUGGCAGCUUGGCUCAAACCAAACAGAGCGCGCAUGGCCCGUCGCCGAUAACGCGAGCUCCGGUCUAGCGGUGGUCUCUCAACAGAGCGAAGGCAAAGCCUGGCUUUACUACUGGGCCAACGAGACGAUCGUACAGGCAUUCAAGGACUACGACGGUGACUGGAUUGAAUCAGAAGCGUUACCGCAAAAGCUUCCGACAAAUGGAACAAAUGACAAGAAGCCCGAAGACAGACCAGCACAAGAGGAUGAGCCUGAGCCAGAGGGUUCUAAAGGCCUCAGCUCGGGGGCAAAGGCUGGAAUUGGUGCUGGGGUUGGCAUUGGAGUCGGCGCGCUGCUGGUCGGUGUUCUUGCUUGGCUAUGGAUGAAGCGACGCAGGGAACGUGCUCAUAAAGAGAAGGUCUCGGGGAUAGUGGAAGUGGGAGGAAGCCCUCUAGAGCCGCGUUUAUCAGUGUUCAAAGAGGACUUGCCCAGGGAAAAUGAGCAUGUCGAGCCAUCAGAGAUGGCCGGCCAAGGACGACCAGCUGAGCUGAGCCACCACGAUUCGGCGGUUUAUGAGAUGCCAGAGCAUCAUACAAGAGGAUAG